GGUAAGGAUUUACCAAUUUACAUGUUGUGUUUUUGUGUUUUUGUGCACAAAAUAGCCAAUGUCAUUGUCAACUACAGUCUACUGAGAUGAAAUUCCUGCUAAGCAUACACUGAUCGCAAAGUAACAAGCAAGAUACAGUUAACCACAUUAGCAUCAUGAUACCUCAUAUAUUUUACCACCUUGGAAUUUGGACGGCUUUCUUCUGCAUGUGUUGUUUAUUUGGUUUUAGUUCAUGUACACCAAACGUCACUGAUGCUCCUCAAAUCCCGAUUGGACAUUCAUCUUGUUAUCAAGGAACCAUUGAAAGCAACCUAAAGGGACAAAUACCUCUAGAUGCUGAAGGGAAACUGACGACGCAUCCAUGUGAUCCAAUACCCACGACUGUUGCUCCAACGACUGUUGCUCCAACAACACAAGCUGGAAGUGGAAAACAAAAACCUGGUAGCGUGGUUACAACUGUUGGUCCAGCGACGGCCAGAAAUGUAUCAUGUACUGCCCUCCUGUAUUUUAACAAUGGAGGGAAAGUGACGACCGAUGUCACAUGGACGGUAAACUUCACGUGUGGGACAAGUGAGGAUUGCCCACAAACAAUUGGCAAACAGUUUUGUUGUUCAGGACCAGAUUGUAAUAGUCUCCAGUUCUUCCAGAAAAGUAGUCGAAUGUCGAUGGCCACCGUCGAUAGCUGUCUGACUGGCAGUCAAACAAGCGCAGAUACAGGAUCUUUGGUUGUCUCAAGAAAGUGCCAAGGGGCGAGCCAUUACUGCUAUAACUCAACCAAGGAUGACAAGACUUCAUUUGGCUGUGCGUUAGAUAAGCAAUGUCAAAGCAGCUCCCCAUCAUGCUCAGAGGACAGUAAUUUUACUGUGUGUUGCUGUGAUAGUAAUGAUUGCAACGGCUCACCACAUAAUGCCUUAGUUCAUCCAACAUCGAUAGUGCCUUUACAAACAACGUCUCGUCUUGUUACUGUGAACAAGACCUAUUCCAAUUGGAUGCUGAUAACUUUCAUUGCGGCUGGCUUCCUGAUUGGUGGUUUAAUGGGAGUCUUUGUCAUGGUUUUGUGUCGGAGGUGGAAGAGAAAAAGAGCCCAUGGACCGCUUCAGAUCUCCUACAGUCGAGUCAGCGCUGAUCUCACUAACGAAGACGAUGAUAAUGUCUUUAGCUAUUAAUUUCUUUGGGGACCGAUACAGAAAAUCAACAUUAGCGAGGUUUAGCUGCACGUAAUACGCGAGCAAAUACGUGGACGUCAACAAAUUGUGUUGUUUCUGGGUGACGUUACCGCUUUGGGCUUAUUGCAUGCUCACGUAUUACAUCUGCGCGCACGUACGUACCUGACGCGAAAAAUUCUAACUUCACGUAUGCGUCAAACGUGAGAUUUUAGCGACUCGGUUUUCUGACGUUCACACGAAAAGUGCAGCUAAACCUCCCUGUUAUAAUAAUGUGAGCGAUCAUGCUAAAUGAAUCUUUGUCAGUACUGAGAAGCGAGCCAAAACAGGCCAACGGGGGUCAAAAUUUUUCAAAAUAAUUUUAUAUUGGCAACUUUUUUCCUGAUAAAUAACAUAAAAAAGAGGUUAAAAUUAGCGCUGACAAAAAUUAUACUGAUGUAUUUUCAAUAAACAACUUUACUUUAAAGGCACUGGACACUUUUGGUAAUUACUCAAAAUAGUCGUAACCAUAACAACUUAGUUGGUAACUAGCAAUGGAGAACUGUAGACAGUUGAUAGUAUCCAACAUUGUGAGAAACGGCUUCCUCUGAAGUAAC